CAGAGGUUAGCUUAUGAACUUAUAAAAUUCAGUUUGUAUGUAAUUUUCCAAAGAUUGUUUUGAAUAAUUACCCAAAAAGAGGGACAUUUUUUUCUGGUGUUUCUAUAGGGUGCGCAAUGAUAUUAACGUUUUUUUAUGGUCACCUCCGAGAUCACCUCAAGACUUGAUCAAAGCAUACUCAAAUUUACACUUUCAAACAAAAAAUCCCAUAAAAACUACAUUCGUGGAAUCGAUGAGGCUACUUGUCGUUUUAUAUCGGAACUUCGGGAAGAAAAAGAUAUUUGCGCUUUUGUUUCUCUCACCGCAUCCUGUCAUGAAGCUGAAAACAAGAUUGACUACCUUCAUUUCAUAUUCUGUACUAUGAUUGAGUACAUUGAUGUAUCAUUUACUGCAGCUAUGUUAAUGCUUUUGACGAUAUCUUUAGUUCUUGUUUUAGCUCUAUGUGCCUUAGCACUAAAUUCGAUGUCAAAUAUUCUAAGUAUUGUUAAACAUUUUAAAAUAAGCGAACACAAUGCUGGUGUAACCCUUAUUGUCCUUUACAAUGGAAUUCCUGAUAUCAUAUCAGCUUUCUUCUUCUAUGAUGGUGAUACAGAAAUGUUGAUAAAUGAAAUGUUAGGAACGGGAUUAUUUUUACGAGCUUUUCAUGGUGGUAUCUUGGUUUUACUCAGUCCAAUGACACUGCUUGGAACUUAUUUCAAACGUGAUUCAUUUGCUUAUUUGUGUGGAAUGUUAGUUCUCUUUGACAUAUACAUGGAUAGAGAAACACAUGUCCUUAUGGGAGUAUUUUCAAUGACAUUCUAUCCGAUUUUAUGUGGUGUUGUAUGUUAUCAUCAUCAUAUCGAAUUAAAAGAGAGGAUAGGACUCGAUCAUAAGGAGGUGUCAGGAGAAACCAAAAUGCGUUUAGAACUGACAAAAGAAAUCGAAAUCAUUCAAGUCCCACUUACAUCUCCAGCAAAUCCACUUGACCUUAACAUUUGGAAACAGUUUGUACAAGUCAUAAAUCCUUUCCGAAAAGAAGUCUACGAUGACGCGAGUUUAUGGCAAAGAAUUUUAAUAUUUUCCGCAAUACCAGUUAAACUGGUAGUGCCGGUUGUGAAUUUAAGAAUGCCAGGAUUUGGAUGGUCAAGGCUGCUCCUGGUAAUAAAUUUCAUAUUUUCUCCAUUAAUAAUGGUGCAGUUCAUUGGACCAGAAUACAUUCACAUUUGCCUGUACAUUGGUGUUAUUAUGGCAAUCAUGGUAUUCUGUUUGACAAAAACCAACAUUCCACAAUAUCAGUUAACAAUUGCAUUUUAUGGUAUUUGUUGUGAAAUGUUGAUCACACACUUUCUUGCUGCAGAAUUGCUUUCAAUUCUGGUAACUCUGGGAAAUAUAAUUGGUGUCAAGAGAUCAGUUAUUGGUACUACAUUUUUGGCCUGGGGCAAUACGAUUCCGGAAGUUGUCGUCUAUCUGGCUUUAUUAAAUUUGAAAAUCAAAACACUUCCUCUAGUUGAAUUUCUUAUGGCUCCACUCUUUAAUAUGACCUUUGCUAUUGGUUUGACAACACUCCUUCGAUGUGCUGAUAAAAGACGUUAUACAGAUAUUACACGAGCUGGAGAUCUUGGGCAAAGUGGAUUAUGGUUUAGUUUCUUGCAUCAUAUUCUCUUUUGUUUUGCUGUGUUUACAGUAAAUUUUCAUUUGCGGAAAAGUAUUGGAAUUUAUUCAAUUAUGAUUUAUUUGAUGUUUGCUCUGUAUACGUUUUUGUAUCAAUUUGAUUUUAUUCACGCAUUUGGUUCUGAUCACAACGAUGAAGAGAAAUUCAUUGCUGUAACUUGGGCAUGAAUUUCAUAACACAUAAACAAAAAUUAAAAACCAAAAUUAAUUUCUGAGUUUUGUUAAUAAAGUAUAUUUUGCUAAUUUAAAAAUGUAUACCAAAUCAAAAACAUGUCUAAGUUUUUGGAAACACAAUAAGCGGAUUAAAUGUACAAUCGAAUAUAUGUAAUUUUAUGAAAUCAAUAUACAAAUUAAAAGAUA